AUGUUGUACGCAUUUUUAUACCAGACUGCCCAGUGGACCCCAAGGAACGUGUCCCUAACGUGGGAAGUACGUGCGAAUGACUUGGUCAGCAGGCUCGCCCUGGAUGAAAUAGUACCCCAGAUAGACAAAACUCAGCCGGCUCCCGCCAUUGGCAUAAAACCGUACGAUUGGGACACCGAGUAUUCGAGAGAAAACAGCCCCUCUUUGAUAUUCACUAAUGGGCAAACAACCCGUGUGGAGGCGAGAGCUAAGCACAACAACUACAAGGCUGGGAUUUACGGAAAACACACAGGCCUGAGCUGCUUCAGUCCCGUCAUCAACAUUAUGAGACAUCCUCUGCGAGGCAGAAACCAAAGUGAGUAUUCCGUAAUCAACAUUAUGAGACAUCCUCUGCGAGGCAGUAAUCAGAAACCAGGUGAGUAUUCCGUCAGCAUUAUCAUGAGACAUCCGCUGUGGAGCAGAAGCCAGGUGAGUGUUCCAUCAUCAGUAUUAGGAGACAAUCUCUGUAGGGCAGAAACCAGUCUAAACGGCGUUCCUACACGUGCAAAUAAGAAGCUGCUGUGGGACGUACUACGAUGGGAGUGGGGUUUCACGGGGUACGUCGUUAGCGAUGAGGGUGCCGUGGAAGGGGUACAUAAAAGGCACAAGUACACUUACACCAGCGUUCAGACCGUGGCAGCCUGUGUGAACGCCGGAUCAAUAGCCGUUUCUUCCGGAAGUCUGUCCAUGGAGAAGGUAGUGGGAAGUGUCAAGCCCCUAUUCUACACUAGAAUGAGGCUCGGCGAGUUUGACCCACCGGAAAUGAAUCCUUACACCAAACUUGACAUCAGCGUUAUUGACAGUCCCGAACACGUGGCCAUCUCACGAGAAGUGGCGAUCAAGUCAAUCGAGGCUGGUGCAGCCUUACUUCAGGUGGUGUUGGGACAGGAGAGUCCUGCUGGCCGACUUCCGUUCACGUUGUGCCAGGCAGUCGGUCAGGUGACUGUUCAUUAG